GAGAUCCGGACCCGGGGAGAGGAGAAGAGAGGAGAGGAGAGGAGAGAAGAGAGGAGAGGAGAGAAGAGGAGAGGAGAGCCGAGCCCCGGAGCCCCGCAGCCUCUGCAACACCCCGCAGCCCCCGGGAACAUGGACCGGGAUCGGGAUCGGGACGGCCGAGCCUCCGCGUCCGGCGUGGCGGGCCGGAGCCAGCCGAUCGCCUGCAGCGGGAAGCUGUGCCGGAACCUGUUCGGGCCGGUGGACGCGGAGCAGCUGCGACAGGAAGCCCAGGCCCUCCUGCAGAGCUGCGCCGAUGAAGCCCAGCGCCGCUGGAACUUCGACUUUAUCACCGAGACGCCCCUGGAGGGAGACUUCGCGUGGGAGAGGGUGCGGGACCUGGACCUGCCCGCCCUCUACCUGGCCUCGCCGGGCUGGCGCGGCCGGGAGGGCCCGGCGGGGAAGUGGCAGAGGGCCCGGCCGGCCUCCCCGGCUCUGGUGCAGAUCUCCUCCCGGGGGGACCACGUGGACCUGUCGCUCUCCUGUGCGGUGGGGCCGCCCCCCCAGAGGCAGGAUGUGGGGUCCCCGGCCAACAGCACCCCCCGGGGACACAAGCGGCGCCAGACCAGCAUGACAGAUUUCUACCAUUCCAAGCGUCGGUUGGUCCUCGCCAAGACGAAGCCCUGAUUCCACAGCCAUGGAAGUUUGCUCCGCCUCCCCACUCCCUUCUAACUCUUAUUUGUUUGUUUUUAAUUAUUGUAUCGUUUGUAUUUUAAUUUAAUUUCUUUAUUCUGUGUAUAUAGUGUCCCCUCCAGGCCAGAGGGUCCUUUAGUCUCCAGCUUUCACCUAUUUAAAGAAAGUUUUAUGAGCUGGAUGCCUGGAUCGGAUGGUUUGGUAUUUUUGUAUUGCAAAACAUUAUUUAAAAUGUUCUCGUCAUUUGUACGCAUUUUCCUUUAUCCUGUAAAACAGAAUGAAGUUGGCUUCGGCCCUAGGGUGGCCCGGAUGAUGAGAGAUGAUCUGGCUUUCAUCUUUCCCUGAGGCAGAUGCACUAUGUUUGGGAUGUCGGGAGGGAUAGAGCUGAGGGCAGAGCGUCCGGAUGUCGGCCUUGCCCUUCCGCUAAACUCUCCCCACCCGGUGGAGAGGUUUCUGGGUCCCCGGUUCCCUAGCUGCCCCCCCCCCCCUCCUUUUUUGUUUUGCACGAAGUCCGGGGAGACUGCCGCCCUAGGGAAUCUGGGGUGUGGGCCUGCACCCCCCUCAGAGACACGGGUCUACUCCCCCUCCCCCCACCCCCAAAACGGGCCAGCCCCCCAACUUUGGGAUCCUGUAGCAUUCACGGUGCUGCCCCGCACUUUCCGAGGAGGCCUGCUUCCACCGCCUCUCUCGUCUUCUCCCAGGGACCCGACCCCCUUGCAUUCCCUCCAUGGGAGAGGAGGGAGGGCGUUUGGAGUCUGAGGGCGGGAGAUUUGAACCAAGCUUCCUGCCCCAGUGGAAUGAGGGCUCCCCCACCCCCCAAAUCAGGCUCCUCCCUCGAGCUUCCUGGUUCUUCUUGGUUCCUACCUCAUGUGGUUCCUGGGUGUCUCCCCCUCUUCCUGCCCCCGAAACAAGAGCACCCAGGUCUGACUGUCCUUCCUGAGCUCCGGCUCCUCCGGCCACUUGUCCGACUGUGGCUGUGGAGUCAAGUUGGGGGCGCGGAGAGGUGGGGUGAGGGAAUCUUCCCCUGCCCUCUCCUCCUUCACCUCGCUCCCUUCUGCAGGCCCUUCAUUCACACAAUGGUAUUUUCUGAGCGCCUACUGUGUGCAGAGCACUGAACUGCGCGUUCGGGAGAGAACAACUGAAGUAAAAAGACCUGGUCCCUAUCCUUAUUUUCCUUCCUCUUUUUGCACUUUGUGUAGUGGGUCCUAUCCCGGGGCUCGUUCUUGGAGAUGACGUGGCCGGGCGUUUCCCAAUUGGGUGGCAUGAAAACUUUACUUUGUGAGCAAUAAAGCUGAUUAGACAGGCUGGGUA